AUGGCCAUCACCAAGGAUUCCUUUCUAAGGCUUCUCUGUGCCGUGUGCCUGUUCGGGACAGUCAUGAACCAGGACAUGGCUUACGAGGAAAUGAUAGCCCAGAUCCAAGCGUGCCCCCGAGAGUGCCGUUGUCCCUCCAAUUUCCCCCGCGCAGUCUACUGUGACAACAAAGGUCUGAAGAGCAUCCCCCGAAUCCCUCCGUUCACCUGGUACCUCUACCUGCAGAACAACCAAAUUCAAGUGGUCUCUGCAGACGCCCUGCGCAACGCUACCCAGCUGCGUUGGGUGAACCUGAGUCGAAACAAAAUCACCAGUGAAGGAGUAGAAAAAGGCACGCUGGACGCAAUGACACGCCUGGAACACCUCUACAUGGAUGACAACCUAUUGUCCUGGGUGCCGUUUCCUCUCCCGGCCAGUUUGGAGCACCUAAGUCUCUCCCGCAAUCGGAUCUCCAAGAUCCCUGACGGAGUCUUCUUCGGCCUGGAUAAGCUGACCCUCUUAGACCUGCAGGGGAAUAAGCUGAUGGAUGAUGCCGUGACCGAAGUGAGCCUGAAGGGUCUUAACAACCUGGUGCAGAUCAACCUUGCCAAGAACCAGCUGAGCAACAUGCCACUCGGCCUGCCGCCAACCACCACGCAGCUUUUCCUCGACGGCAACAACAUCGACAAAAUCCCCACAGGGUACUUUAAAGGCUUGCCCAAGAUGGCUUUCCUUAGGCUCAACCACAACAAGCUUGGCAGCAGCGGAGUUCCUAACAACGUGUUCAACAUCUCCAGCAUACUGGACCUCCAGCUGUCCCACAACCUGCUCACUGAGGUGCCCCUGAUCCCACCAGGCCUUGAGCAGCUUUACCUGGACCACAACAACAUCAAGAGUGUGAGUGGCUCAAAUGUCUGCCCUGUGGACAUCGAAGCAGCUGAUGCUAACGAUAGCGCUCCACGACUGCGCUACCUCCGACUGGAUGGCAACGAUAUCGAACCACCGAUUCCCAGAGAUGUUAUUCUGUGCUUUCGUCUCCUUAGGUCCAUCGUUAUCUAA